AUGUCGUGGCUAAAGCUGAACGAUAGCCUGAACAAGGUGAAAGGAUCGAUCACCUCCUUCACGCAGGAAGUGUUUGCGGAAGGUAUCAUCGGGGAGGACGAAAGCGAACAGAAUCCGGCCCGGGAGCUAAACAUUGCACGUGAAAAAAUCACCCAACUAUCGGACUUAUGUGCGACACAGGACCAAGAGAUUGUGACCCUUCGCAAGCAGGUUGCAGACUAUCAACAACAGCAUCAGCAGCCAUCCGGUUCCGGAACCCAGCAGCCGGGUUCGUCGCUUGCCUCCAAACCGCAUUCGGUUGAGUUACUUUGUGCGGCAACUUCGUCCACAUCCACAAAACCUGCCGGUACUCUCGGUCCCGAACAGCAGCAUGUGGGCAGCACAACGACCGUCACCAGCACGCUCGAGGACAGUUGGUUCUGGGAUCCGGAAAAUAACAUCUCGUCCACGUCGUCCUCGUCGAAGAAAGACGACAACGAGUCCCCCUCCUCCGGUCCGACCGAGCUGACGACGAUACCACUGGAAGCGCCUGCUAAUGAAGGUGACAUCAUCGAUCGACUUCAGCGCCAGCUGAGCGAAAAGUCCCAGCAGCUGAAGAAGCAGCAGCUCGAGAAUGCGCUCUUGAACGAAAAGCUGGGCCAGGUGAGCAGCGAAAACCGCGAGCUGAACGAAAACAUCGAAGAGCUCGACCGCCAGCAUGAGGUGGUGCUGGAGAACUUGGUCGCGGGCAAGCGCGAUCUGCAAGCCCAGUGCGGUCGGCUCGAAGCGGAGCUGAAGUCGAAAGCGGCCGAAUCACACACGUCCCUGCAGGAGCUUCAAGCGCGCUUCGAACGGUUAGAGCAAGCGCACGCUCAAACCUGCCAGGAUAAUGAAAAGCUAGCAGCCGAAACGGAAAAGCUUACGGCCGAGCUGGAACGAAUCGUGUGCGAGAAUGUGGAGGCGGUGGCAGCGCUCGAGACACAGCUUGAAGAGAAGCGGCGCGAACGGGCUUCUUUGGACGAACGGUGCCGUACCUUGAGUGCGGAAGUCGAGGAGCUUCGCACCGAACGCGGCGCUGAAGAAGCUGAGUUUGUGGUAGCCGUACCGACGGCGGAUGAAAGGGCCACGAACGUGAUCUUGCAAGCGGAACUGGAGGAGGCCAAACGCACGCUGGAGGACGUCCGUACGGAGCGGGACAAUUUGCAGAAGCUAACUGCGGAGCUCGAUCGGUCCGAACACAUCGGUCAGCUGGAGCGUGAAAUAGGAGAGCUGCAGAACGAACUGCGCAGCGUCAUCAUCGACAACUCGGUACAGCUUGAGUCGAAGGAAAAGGAGUAUGACGAGAAGUUGGCUGUAUUGCGCCACGAAAUUCAGGCACUGCAAGACAGGACGGCCAACGAACCCAAGCCGGAUGCGCGCAUUGCUGAGAUAAUACGCAACUUUUUCGACCUAGAUCUUUCAAGCCCCGACGAACUGGUCGAACGAUUCCAGCAGUCACGCGAUGUGGAGGCAAAGCUAACAGCCAUAGAGAAGAAACUGAUCGAUGCAGGGAAGGAAAUUAAUUUCCUCAAGUCGGAAAACUCGCGCAUCCAGCACGACAAGGACACGCUGACGGCGGAUUUAAUGCAGUACGAGAAGGAGUGCGCCAGCUUGAUGAAGAACAACGAUCGCUUGCUGGAAGAGCUGGAAAACGUCAAGUGCAAUAAGCUGGAAACGAUCAACGAAAAUGCGGAGGACAGCAUCGUGGUGCUUGAGAAGCAGCUCGACGAUUCACACCGUCUAAACCGUACGCUGGAGGAAGAGUAUCGCGAGUCGCAUCGGAAGCUGGAAGAAGUGCUGGAAGAGAAGGAAGAACUGCUGAUGAAGGUGGCCUCGCUGGAGAGUUGUGCCAGUGAUAGUAAGGCUAGAGUGCGCGACCUCGACCAAUCACUGGCGGAAACGCGCAAGGAACGCGACCAGGUAGUGCAGCAAUUGGAACAGUUGCGACAAGUCGGUGGACAGGAAGCGGAUCAACUGCGUACCGAGCUAACCAGCGUGCAGGGACAGCUGACCACGAUCAAUGAGGAUCAUGCGAACCUGGUGCGUAAAUUGCAGCAAUUACAACAAACAUCAUCCGAAAACAUUCGCAACUGGGAGUCAAAGUUUGAGGAGAUGCGAACGCAGCUCGAGGCAAAGGAAUCGGAUCUACAGCAAGCACGGGAAGCUUCGGCGGUUGCCGAGCAGCAGGAGGAGUUAAGCGCAGAAAACGAGCAUUAUCGAGCCGAGGUUGAGAAGCAACGGGAGGCGCUGGAAAGUCUUACCCAGCAAAAGGAAAACCUCGUACAGCUGGUAACGACGAAACACAACGAAAGCGUCCAAUAUCAUGCGGAAAUUCAGCGAUUAAGCCAACUGCUGCAAGCGGAAACCGAACGAGCCGCACCGACCUGUCCCGACUGUCCAGCGUUGCGCGAGAAGCUGCAGGACUACGAACGGCUCACGGACCAGAUACAGUUUCUGCGCGAAAAGUCCGACAUCCUCACGGCGAAUCUGAUGACCGAGCAAAACAAUCAGCGGAUGGCGCUGCAGCAGAAGCAAGAGCUGGUGGAGCAGCGUGAUGGUUUGCAGCGCGAUCUCGAACGGUUGCGCCAGCACCUGCUCGAAAUCGAGGAAGCACACACGCAGGAAACGGUCGAACUGCAGCGACGGUACGACGAUACGCGCCAGCAGCUGGCAUCGCUCGAGCGCGAUGUAAAACAGUCCACCAAUGCGCUAACCUCCGCCAGCAUUCGGGCGAACCAGCAGGCGGAAACGCUGCAGGCACAGUAUCAACUGUUGCUGCAGCAGCGCGACGAACUAGGUGCACGGCUGAGUGCGGCGGACGAUCGGGAUCAAAAAAAUCAAGCAGCUCUCACGAACCUGCAGUGCGCGCUGGAACAGUUCCAGAUGAACCGAGAGCGCGAUAUCGAGCUGGCCACGGGCAGCAUUCGCAACGAGCUGGAACAGUCGCGGGCCCGGGAAGAUGGACUAAAGGACAUGCUAAAGCAGGUACAGCAACAGUUGACCGAUGCAAAGACCGGUCUGCUGGCAGCGGCACGCAUUUCCGACCAGCUGGAAAUUUCGCAAGUGACGGUUGCCUCACUGAAAGCGGAAUUGACCAAGCGUGAUGAACGGUAUGCGGCGCUCGAACAUCGGCUGCAGGAAACGGAAGCAAGCCAAGCGGACAAGGUGGAAAAGAUGCUGGUGAAAAAUCUGAUCAUCGGGUACGCGGUUGCACCGAACGCAUCCGACAAGCAGCAAAUCAUGAAACUGAUCUCGUCCGUACUGACGAUGGACCAGACCGAAUGCACCAAGGUGGGGCUACACCAUAAGGGUCCCGGUGGGACGGGCGGUGGUGGAUGGUUGAACAGCAUCCUUGGCGGAAGUGGCGUUGAAGCGGGCGGAGCCAACUACAACAAGGAAUCCCUUACCGAGGCUUUUGUGAAAUUUCUCGAGAAGGAAUCGGCACCGCGCGCAACCGCAAGCUCUAGUCUACUGAACAUAGUCACAUCACCGGCGGCAGGAAUGGCAAGUAACGCUUCCAACAUCACCGGUACGCAAGAUCAACAGCUUGCGGGAACGUCGGCCGGCAGCACGGUGGCUAGUGCCAGCGCUGGAAGCAAUUUGAUCACUGCACCACCGGCACUGGUACAACCGAUCCUGGUGCCGGAAGCGAUGAUGAUGAUGCAGCAGCCCGGUUUUGCACCGCCACGAAGCUCCAGCUCCAUACUCAAGGAUAUACUGAGCGAUUCCUGAUACACUUACGGUGAUCCGUUGC